AUGGGGGGCCCGAACGUGUCGAUCCUGCACCUGCGCAACGCGGCGGACGCGUGGGAGUGCCCGUCGCCGCAGCAGCAGCAGAAGCAGGGCCCGCCCCCGCAGGACGCGGCGCCGCCCCCGCCGCCCGUGUCGUUCGCGCGCACCGCGCCGCGGUCCUCCGGGUCCGCCUCGGCGACCGCCAACUCCGGGGGCGGCGGCGGCGGCGGCGGCGGCGUGUCCGCGCAGCUCAAGCCCACCUACUCGACGCUUCCGCGGCGCGAGUCCUCCCUGCUCUCCGGCGUGACCGCCGUCUCCACCACGGUGACCGUCGCCAACAGCUCCGGCAGCUGUAGCAGGGAGCUGUCGCCGGUGCGCUGGUGCGACCGCGAGGUCGACGGCGUCUACCUGGGCCGCUCCGGCUGGGUCCAGGUGCAGCAGCGCUCGCUGGACGAGAGCCGGCGCGCGGGCUACGGCGCGGGCCUGGCCCCGGUGCCCGCGGCGGCCACCACGGUGGCGGCGGUGCCGGCCGUCGCGACGCUGCCCCGGCGCCCCACGGUGCGGCUGGCCGACUACCACUGCAACAGCGAGCCGGGCAAGUGCCCCGUGCGGCCCGCCUACCUGCCGCUCGCCGCCGGCUUCCAGCCCCCUGCGCCGCCCUCGCCGCCCUCGCCGCCCCCGCACCGCCAGGACGGCGCCGGCCCCUCGCUGCCCAUGUCGCCCCCCUCCAUCACGCCCAUCAUCUCGCCUCCGCCUGCCUUCCAGGACACGACGCAGCGCUACCAGACGGCGCCCCGGCUGCGCAGCGGGGGCGGCGGCAGCAGCAAGACGCCGUUCCUGCCGCGCAGCAACGCGCUCGUCGUCGAGAACGAGAUGGCGAGCCCGCCGCCGUCGCCGCCGCCCCCGCAGCUGCCGCUGCCGCUGCCCUCCGGCUGGAGCACGCUGCCCGCGGGGGUGGGCCUGCGCGCGCGCCGCCUCACGCCUUCGCCCGUGGGGACGCCGGCGGCGGCGGCGCGCCUGCCGCAGACCAAGUCUCUGGAGGACACGAGCGCGUCGGCGGCGGCGGCCGGCCCGCAGCGGCGCUCGCAGUUCCACCAGAAGCGCGACUCCUCGUCCACCAGCUCGUCCUCGUCCUUCGGCUUCCGCAGCCUCGACUCGUGCGCCGGCGCGCUGGGCGGCGCGCGCGCCAUGCCGCGCCUCUCCGAGACAGACUCCUCCGUCGGCGGCUACGAGGACGGCGACGAACUCGACGACCGCCGCGACUCGUCGCUCAACCUCAGCAGCUUCUCCUCCUCCGUCACCGUCGUCAACUCGUCGCCGGAGACGCCGUCACUCAAGGAGCGCGGCAGCGUGGGCGGUGGCAGUGGGGGCUCCACCGGGGGCGGCUCCGCGCUGGCCAACGGACCGCCCACGCCGCCGCCGCCGCUGUCCGAGACCAGGGUCUCCCCCAGGGGCAGGUCCCACAACCACCGCUCGCACCCGCUGCGCAGGUCCCCCGGUUCGGACGGCAGCAAGAAGCAGCUGGCGUCCAACGACUCGUCGUCGUCCUCCUCGUCGAGCAGCAUAAGCAGCAGCAGCAGCUCGCACGUGUACCACACGUGGGACGGCCGCAACCGCGUGCGCCGUUCCCGAUCCCUGCAGCUGCCCGAGACAAAGUCGCCGUCGCCCGGACACGCGGGACCGCAGCCGCCGCCGCCGGGGUCUCAACCCGGCACCGUCAACACCACGCCCCCUGCACCGACACCGGAGUACCAGUACUUCCUGGUGAAGAACUACCGCGACAAGCCGUCGACUACGCAGUACUACCACCAGGCCACGAGCGACCAGCACCGCGUGCUCGUCAAGCUGCCGCAGGAGUCCUCCAGGAGGCAGUACAUGCAGCACACACGUAAGGCACAGUCUGAGGACUGUCGCUACGACGACUGGGAGGCGGUGGCGGAGGAGGCCCGCGCCGUCACGGAGUACCUGUACGGGACGCGCAGCCGCGCCGCGGCCAGGGCCCUGCUGGCGCAGCGCUACCACUCGUCCGACCAGCCGGACGAGCCGGCGCGCCGCAAGGACAACGGCCGCCCCUUCAACGUGUUCGUGGUGCGCAAGGCGAACCACCACGACGGCUCGCACCUGCACCACCACCAGCAGGUGCCGGCGCCGCCGCCGCAGUACGUGCAGCGGCCGCGGCGCAGCCUGCAGCGCGGCGUCACCACGCCCACCUCGGCGGCCGACGCCAACCCGUGCAACCCCGACACGUGCGACUUCUGGCCGCACUGCGCGCACCGCGACUCGCUCUACCCGCCCACCAAAUCGUCGACGCCGUCGCCCUCCUCGUCGGCGGCCAAGCUGCCGCCGUCCGCGGGCGGGAACGGAGGGCUGUCGAUGCGCGCCUCGCAGAGCUACCCGUCCUCCUCCGCCUCCUCGGCCGCGUCCAGGAGUCGCAACGGCGCCGGGCGACGGGCGCACCACGACGCUCCCGACGAGAAGGCGGCGCCGGCCGGGUCGGCGCCUCCCGCGUCGCGGCGCUCCAACGGGGCGGGCGCGCGCUCGUCGCCGCCGUCGCUGGACCGGCUGGAGGAGUACGACGCCCUGACGCGCAAGAUCCAGAGCGUGCUGGACGGCGCCGCGGCGGCCACGGCCGCGCUGGCCGCCGACGCCGGCGACGACCUCAAGCGGUUCGGCAAGUGGCGCGCCAGCAACGGGCUGGACAAGCAGCAGCACCGCCGCUCGGCGCUGCUCGGCGAGCGGCCCAAGACGGUGGACGCGGUCGGGCCGCCGACCCCGCCGCAGCACUCGCCCCAGCAGCAGCAGAAGGCGCUGAAGGCGCUGCGCGGCAACGGCGGGCUCUCGCUGGACCUGGACGCGCUGCCGCUGGAGCACCACCAGCGCGGCAGCACCAAGACGUCGCCCGUGUCGGUGCCCGGCGCCAGCCGGUCGCCGUCCAACAAGGGCGGCGGCGGCUCGUCCUCGUCGUCCGCGUCGUCGUCGUCGAGCGACGUGUGGGUGACGACGUCGGACCGCACCGUCACCAAGUCCCCGCGCACGCACAAGAGCUCCGGCGCGUCGACGCCGCUGGGCAGCGCCGGCAGCGGCCGCUUCCUGGGCUCGGGCUCCGCCGGCAGUGGCAGCGCCGAGCGCGAAGCCCCCGUGUCGCGGCCGGGCAGCGCGCCCACGCAGGACGACGACGGCGGCCCGCAGAGGGCGCUCGACGCCCAGCAGCGGUCGCUGUCGCUGCCCAAGUCCUUCCUCUCCGAGCGCUACGGGCUCAAGCCGGCCAAGCACAGGCAGCGGGCCAACUGCGGCUCCUGGCUUAGCUGA